AUGUCCGAAGAAAAAUGGCAAUUUUUUGCACUACUUCCUUUUUAUAUCAAGCAGCCUUCUUUUCUCCAGGUGGAUUAUGCAUCUUAUACGCAUGGAUGCAAGUAUGUUUCCACCUGUCAAUUCACAACCAAUCAGAAAAUAGAUGGUGCACUUGUAUGUAACGUAAAUACACUAGGUUGCUUCAUGCAGUUUUUGGUUGAGAAUGUUGUGGACGGUCGUUGUUACUACCUCCUACCAUAUCGUAUUGAUUACGAUCACAAUGCUCCUUUCUGUUUUACUCUGCAUACGGCUAUAAGACGACUUCUUGAAAGUUUUAGCAAUCAACAUCUUGUUAGGGAUCUGACCACUUCAUUUUACGGAAAUAUUACUUCUCUGAAAAUUAACUUAUCAACGCCUUGUAAUGAACUUAUGGGUCCAGUAUAUCCCAAUGAAAACUCCAAGGAGGAGCACUGGAUUCGCAUACAUGACGGGGUAAUCAAUGUAACAGCAUCCGAAGUGUGGGGUGCCAUACAUGCACUGACUUCAGUCGCUCAACUUGUCAGAUCCACGUCUGCCAAUGAGAAAUAUUUGCCCGAUGCGAAGAUAUACGACUACCCCAGAUGGCCAUUUCGAAGUUUCCUGCUUGACACUGCAAGGCAUUUUAUUCCGCUUCCGUAUAUUCUUCAGUUUUUGAGAGCCAUGUCUACAGUGAAAAUGAACGUACUUCAUUGGCACUUAAUCGAUGAUCAAUCCUUCCCUUAUCAGUCAUACACGUUUCCCCGACUUUCACAGAAAGUGAGUCCCUUAAUCAGUUCAAAUGGAUGUGAACUAUGUCUGUGA